GGGGAGGAAAGGGAGAAGGGGGAGGGGGAGGGAGGAGAUGGAAGAGUGAUGAGUUGAGUUAUGUAGAGCACUAUACAUCUGGCGCGAGCAGAUAGGGUGUUGGGUCGUCGAACGAGGAGGCGCUCGGUAUGAUACCGUACUGUACUGUGCUAGGGAUGGCUGGUUGGUUGGUUGGACCAUGUUCGCUCUGAUGAUGUCGGGGAUGGGCGGGUGUGAGGUGCUUCGGACUGUCGGACUGUCGGGGAUGAGCGAGCGCGACAUGCUUUGGACUGUCGGAUUGUCUCGGGGAAGGAGACGCGAUCGGAGACCGAGAUGGAGAGGGGGGGCAUCACGAGCACUGGCGAUGGUCACCCUAGUCGCCGGUUCGAUCCGUCGGAUCGGAUUCUCAGAUCAGCGGACGACGUUCGGCCUUUUUUCCUCGGACUCGUUUCCUCGGACUCGUUUCCUCGUCGUCUCGUCUCCUCUUUGUCUCCUCCUCGUCUCCCUCUCCCAACCUUCUCACGCACUUCUCCCUCAUCUCUCUCCCUGCUCUCCCUUCCAAGUUCCGUGUGGCCGAGCAUCUGCAUCCAUAACUGCACGCAUCGCUGGAAGCGGCCUAGCCCCUCCCGAUCGGUCGAACGCAUCCAAUCAGCGCCGCGUGCAUCGUGCAUGGGGGCCAUACCUGCCGCAUUGGUGCGCGCGAGGUUUCGCUGAUCCAGGCGAGGUGCAGUUCUGCUCUGCUCUGCUCUGCUUUGCGGAUGAUGGGACUCGGACUCGGAUUCGGUGUGUGUGGAUGGGUGGUGAUGGAUGGAUGGAUGGGGAAUGGUCGGGAUUCUCGAUGAUCGCAGCAGCAGCAGCAGCAGCAGCAGCAGCAGCAGCAGUCGUGCCCUCCAGGUUAACGAGACCCCCUCUUCCUCGUCCUUCCGAGUUUCCUCCGCGCCGGGAGAGCGAGAGCGGUGAGGGUGAGGCGAGCGUGGUUCGGUGUGUGUGUGCCAGGUGCCUUAAAGAGCCAAGCAUCGCCCACCACCCGUCCGCUCCGCCAAGCGUCUUGGAACACGGACAAGCUUUUUCCCACGCGUCCGAAGCCUACUCUACAUCCAGACGGACAUACCUCGCGCCGCGCCGAGCAAAUUAUUACUCUGCUCAGCCUCGAUUGUCGUUUCCACCACCACCACAACGAUCGUCAACUACCGCUUUCGCUAUCACUAUCGAUCGGUAUCGUCGGGAAGGGGGAAGUGCAGAAUCGUGGAAGCCUGGAGAUACACCUGCUCGAGCUUCGAGAAAGACUGCUCCUUCUACACCGUCGGCCGCUACUCUGCCUGCAGUCUCGGAUGGUUGUCCACCCUGAUCGAAUAACAAAGUAAAGCGAAAUCCCCCGUGAAUAGACCGAGUGAGGGGAUACUUGUUGGCGGCUCCAGCGGUUGCAUGGCGACUCGACGAAGGAACAGAGCAAGCAUACUCUACC